GGCCCAGGCCCAUGCGGCGGCGCCGGGCCUGCGGGCUCGGGCCGGAGCAGUCGGCAGGAUGUGCCCCACCGCCAGCGCCGGAGCUUCCAGCAAUCCUGAGUGACAAUAACUCUGUGAAGCUGAAAAGUGAUCAUUCACCUCCUGUGCAAUGGUGUAAGGUGGCUGCACAUGAAGAUGAGAAGACCAAGCUGGUUUCUAAAAGAAUUCUUGCACUGUUUGUGGUUGGAGGGUGCUUCCUUUAUAUCCUCAAAUUGCAUCUUGACCCUGAGGAAUGUGACAGAACAAAAAUGCCAUAUGUGGACUUUGAUCGUGUAAAGAGGUCACAGCAGUUUGCCAGUGCUGUGCUGCAGGAGCAGUGCCGACCUUCUUAUGCCAGGAAAGAGAUGAAGAAGUUGUUUGCAGAGAAAUACAGCAUGGACAUAUCUCCCUUUGCAAGGAAAAAUAUGAAUGAAGAUGAAGCUUUAUUUAAAUAUGAACCUCCGUUUGGAUUUCACAAGUUCUCUGAUAAACUUAAAGAUCUCCUUGAGCUCUUACCUGAGCAUGAUUUACCAGAAGAUUUGAAGUCUAAGCCCUGUAAGCGCUGUGUUGUUGUUGGCAGUGGUGGAAUUCUCCAUGGAUCAGAGCUGGGUCACUUAUUGAAUCAGUUUGAUAUUGUUAUCAGGUUAAAUGAUGCACCAGUUCAAGGCUACACGGAUCAUGUCGGUAACAAAACAACAAUUCGGAUGACGUACCCCGAAGGAGCCCCCCUUUCUGAGCAUGAGUAUCCUCCUGCAAGCUUGUUUGUGGCUGUCCUCUUCAAAGGAGUUGAUUUCAGCUGGCUUCAAGCCAUGGUGAAAAAUGAAACCUUGCCUCUGUGGAUGCGGCUCUUCUUUUGGAGGGAGGUUGCUGAGAAAAUUCCUUUCACCUCAAAGCAGUUUAGGAUUCUGAAUCCAGUCAUUGUCAAAGAGACAGCUUUGGACAUUUUACAGUUCCCUGAGCCUCGAUCAAAGUUCUGGGGUUGGGAUAAGAAUGUACCUACGAUUGGGGUCACAGCAGUUGUUCUGGCCACACAUCUGUGUGAUGAAGUGAGCCUGGCAGGAUUUGGAUAUGACCUGGAUCAGCCCAGCACACCUUUGCACUAUUACAACAACCUCUGCAUGGCUGCCAUGAAAGAACAAAUCAUGCACAAUGUGACAGGUGAAACAAAAUUCCUGCAAAAACUGAUCAAAGAACGAGUUGUCAAAGACCUCACUGGAGGGAUACACUGUGAAUUCUGCAGCAAAGACAGCUAGUGACCAACUUGCAGCAUGGACAGGAUUUGUUCCACUUCCAGAGGUUCAGCUGGAUCAAACCUUUCCCUCUCUUUAGUUCUUUAAAGUGUACAUGAAAUGGACAUGGGAUCCCUGCUGCCUUUUUUAAUGUCCCGUUCAAGCUGUCAGGCUUCUAAAUUAAUUUCCCUGUGAGACUUUACUUUGCACAUUUCUGUGAAUAGCUGUGUAAAUAUCUCAUCAAUUCAACUUGGAGUUGAAAGACAUCCAUUUAUAGCAUUUAAUAUUUUAAGUUGUCUGAAUAAAAUCAGGUUUUUGUUUUCAAAUGUAUAUGGAACACACGUGGCUGGCCUGAAUUGUGUCACAGAACGUGCAAGAGUUAUUUUCUCCUGAUCUGCUGUCUUUGUUGAUCCAGUUCCUGGUAUAUUGACUCCUUUUCAUGCAUGCCAUGAAAAGAAAGGCAUAUGCUUCUCAAGUCUUGCAUGUCCUGAACUUGAGCAUUGCAUUUACUCCUCAAAUAUUUAUAUUCUUUUGCUCAUACAUUUUUUGGGGGGUGAAGGACAAAUGUAGGAGUGAAGGAAAAGGAAUUGUUGUGGCAACAACUGAGUAGUAAGUACUUUGAUGUUCAUGAUUGAUAUUAAAACCAUUGCUAUAUGAAUGUUCUGGGUUAGAAUCCUGCUGUGUGAAGCACAUUCAGGCCCAGGGCACUCUAGAAGAGGAUUUAGCCAGGAGGAGGCUUUAACCCAAACCAGGUCAUUGGUCAUUUCCAUUCCUGAAGACCUGCCUAAAUGUUUCUAACUGGAUGAUUUCCAGCAGAGUUCAGUUACCCUAAUUAAAGAACUAGCACUAAUACAAACUCUGCCACUUUUUAAAAAUUUAUAUUUUGAGUGAUUGAGAAUUUCUGGUUCUAUAAAACACUCGUUUGUAUCAAUCAUUUAGCAAAAAUCUGUGACUAGGUUACAAUUUCCACUGGUUAAUUUUAUGAUCCUGAAGUAAUUAAUUAUAGCUAUUGUCACCUUAAUAGUUUGCAAUGCUGAUAACCCUUUUGAAGUCCAGUUUUGUCUAUUAAAUUGGAGAGGUAGAGUUGGUGGUUUUCCCCAAGUCAGUAAUUGGGUGAGUGUAUAAGUUUAGAAGAAAAUCACUUUAAGAAAGUAGCAUAAUCUAGUGACAAGGUAGAUAACUGCUGAAAACAGCAAAUUUAAAAAACAAAAAGAGAAAGGAAAGCUAUAGAU